CUUAUGGUAAUGCAUUUACAAACACAAACUUUGUAACUUAUCAAAGCAAAACCAAACCUGAAGAAGGAAGCAGUUCUUUUGCUCUACUCUCUUUACUUCAGUUGUUUCAUCCUUUGUCACUCCUUCCUCUCUCUUUUAUUAAUAUUAAAACUUCAAUAAGAAAUGGACAGCCCAGCAUCGAUGGGGGAAACAGUGCCUCUGGGAUAUAGAUUCAAGCCGACAGAUGAAGAGCUUGUGGGUCACUACCUGAAGUACAAGCUGCUGGGUUAUGAUUCCAGGGUUCAGAAUGUCAUUGCUGAGGUUGAUGUUUGCAAGUUUGAGCCUUGGGACUUACCAGCGCUUUCCAAGGUAAAAUCGGAAGACCCAGAGUGGUUUUUCUUCAGUCCUCGCGAUUUGAAGUACGCAAACAGUGACAGGUCUAACAGGUUAACCAACGCUGGCUACUGGAAGGCCACUGGUAAGGACAGGAAAAUCAAGACACGAGACACCAACAAUGUCAUUGGCACCAAGAAGACCCUGGUUUUCCACAGGGGUCGUGUUCCUCAUGGUGUCAAAACCAACUGGGUAAUUCACGAAUAUCGUGCAGUUACAUUUCCUGUUGACAAGAGAACUUUUGUCUUGUGUCGCUUGAUGAAAAAAGCUGAGAAGAAAGUGGAAGGCAGAACUGAUGAAUUGAUCAAUGAAGCGGAGCCUAUUGUUGCUGAUCAUGAAAACCAGGCAACAGAUGAUGGAAUUCCAGAUGUAUUUACUUUGCCAGAAGUGACUCUGGAAUCAAUCUUUCUAGCACCACCUCAGGCAGACGAAUAUGACUUCCCCUCACUACAGUACUCUCCAAUUGUCACUGAUCACGAACCAUUCCAUACCAACAUCUGCUUUGAGAAUGAGAACAGUAUCAGGCAGUUUCCAUUUGAUACUACCGAAGACGAAGACAAUAUUUUGUUCUUGAAUUCAGUUUUAGUUGAUGAGGACGUUUUCAUCAACGAAGAAAGAAGGGAUGCUUUUGUUAAUGAAUCCAUCCACUCAGAGUCAUUGAGAGGGGUAUAUUAUAAAAGCAGUGAAACAGACGCUGAACUAGUCUCUGUACGGGGCACCACAUCUGCGUGUAAUAAACAUGCUGUUUCAAGCGGAUGCCAGGUAUUGAAAAUAGUUAAAACAUCACCAGAUGCUGGUCAUCUUCCGUUGUCUUCUAAAACUGAAGUAAACAGAGAGAAAAAGGACAGUACCUUUGGUGAUAAUUUCUGGGGAGGGGACUCUUCUGGUGAUUCAACUUCAAAUGAACCCUUGUCUAUGUUGGUUACCGAGAAUAUUAUCUCUCCUUCAGCUCCAACAGCUAGCUUUUCUUCAACUUCAAGAAGAUGCAAAACUAAAUAUCAAGCGAGAUCAAACAACUCUGAGUCACAGAAAGCUGCUCCAGGAAGAUCUCAAACACACAGAAAGGUUUCAAGCAAAGCAGUAUACCACCGGCAUGAGGUGCAGAAGGAAACAGACAAACUGGAGUCAAACAAAGAUCAGAAUAAAGCUCAAGAUGCCAGGUCAAGAAUGAAUUUGGAAACCACAAGCGAUCAAUCACCUGUAGCCAAUAGAAAGGGUUCUUUCAUCUACCUGCAGACACCUUCAAUAAGUCAAAACCCAAAUCCGCGCUCAGUGUAUCUUAUCAAUGUAAUCAUAGGGUUUUCAUUGCUGAUAUUCACUAUUUGGGAUAUGCUAUCAAUUGGGAACUUGUGCUAGUGCAGUGGGGUAAUGGUUUAGUUUACCUGAGUAGUGCUGCUUGUUUGCAUGGUUUUGACUUUCAUCAAAGAUACACAAGGUGAAAUUCAAAGGGGUCUCAAUGAUGCAACCAUACUGCAUCUUUCUUAUCAUAAUGAUAAUUCUAUGUCCAGAGUUUGUAGCUUUUUUCAUGGUAAUUAAUUUUGCAAUUGUAGACCUGAUACUCUCUAAUUUAAACUAGUUAUGUUAUAUACCU